CGCGUCAAUUUGGCGCGGGAAAGGUUGUGAGUGAGGUUACAUUUCGGGUGUUGUAAAAGCGCGCGAACUUUCUUUCACGUGACGUUUAUCUAUGGUCUUUUUUUUAAAUAACCAGAAAUGUGUUCUUAAUUUAAUGUUAUGGGAAUAUAUUCUAACCUUUUAAUUCAUAACUUAAUUAUUUUUUUGUCAUACAAUAGUGACUAAGUGAAUAAAUAUCAGUGUAAUAAUUUAUUAAUAGUAAAGUGAUUAUUUAAAUAACAAAAGAUGUGUUCUGGAAUGCUGACGUCAUGAACUAGACAAGGAUGUCGCCAGGAGACAGAUAUUGGAAGUGGAGGCUGAUUUUUUCAGCUUUCUCGUUCGCUUUUGCUAAUUCACAAGACAUAUCGGCGUGCUGCGAUAAGGCGACGGGAACAUGUCGGAGCGUUUGCGAAAAGAUGUCCCUGGUGGAAAUUGCAUCGGACUCGGCUAUGCGGGAGGAGAGAAUACAGAACAUUUAUAAAUUUUGUGCGCCGCAAUUGAUAGAGUUCUGGAUAUGCAUGAAUCAAACUAUACAGGAAGUAGUCCAAGGCUCAGGCUGGUGGGGUCGGGCCUGUUGUUCACUGGGCCAUUCGCCGUUAUGCCGUACGGCGUGUGCUACCGCGUCUGACGCGAGAGCGCUGUCCAAUACCUGUCGGCGAUCUGAUGAAAUCGCUUUCUUCGACUGCGUGCAGAAGCAGCAAGAAGCGCAGUGGUGCUGUUCACAAACCCAGUCGCUGAGCUGCCACGAGGCGUGCUCGCGCGCGCUGUGGCGGGUGGGCGCGCGCGCGGAGGGGCGCGGCGCGGCGCGGGAGCGCGCGGCCGACAAGUGCGACCGCUCGCCGCCGCUGCUGCAGUGCCUCGCCGACCUCACCGCCACUACUGUGCACACCGACACCUCCAAAUACCUGCCAUGUUGCCACGAAUCCCCAAGCCAAGAGUGUCGCAGUACAUGCGAAACAGUGCUCCGCCGCACGGGAGAGUCCCAGGAAAUCGCCGAAGCCCUAUCCCAGGAAUGCGGAGCGCCCGCUAUACACGACAAUAUGUGGCAGUGCUUCUUGCGGAAGGACGCUCCUGCUGACACCAAAGAUGUUAUUCCUCAUGAUGUCGCUAAACUGCAUUGCUGUCAGAAGGGUACGACAAUCAAUUGUCGGCGGCUGUGCUUUAACACUUUUAACUCCGGCUGGCAAACCAAUUGGCAGAAAUUUUAUUCGGAGUGUCUUGGAGAUCCUCAGGAAACUGAAUUAGCUGAGUGUAUAGAAGAAGUGGAGUCUCCGUGUUCUCUUGGAUGCGCUGGUCUGACAUACUGCAGCCAGCUCAACAACAGACCAAGUAGUCUGUUCCGAUCGUGCUCCGCUCAAGCAGACCUCGAUGCUCAUCUUGCUGUUGCUGAGCAGAAGGGAUCUGGUUAUGUAACGGUUGCUGGAAUGCAGUUGCCUUUGAAGAAUUCAACUCAAUGCACGACUGAUGUGUGGAAGAGCGUGGCUUGCGCGCUACACGUCAAACCGUGUACUGCCAAGGGGCACAGCAGCCUGCUGUGCAUGGAGGACUGCGUGCGGGUAGUGUCCGCGUGCGUGGAGUGGUCCCUUGCGCCGCUGUCGGCGCCGGCGCUGUGCGCGCGCCUGGCGCCGCCGCGCCGCGCCGCGCCCUGCGUGCCGCUGUCCGACUUCAUGGCGCCCAGUCCAGAACCUCCAUUAUUAUCAGCUGGAGAGGCAGUUCGGUCGCCUUGUGCUGGAGCUCCUUGCAAUUCGUCGCAAGUUUGUGCGCUUAAUAGAAGCUGUGCUACCACGGAUUCCUGUACUCGCUAUGUUUGUCUCGAUGGAUGUCCUCUAGGUGACGGUAGCCCUUAUGUAGUUCCAAUUGGGUCAUGGGUUCGAGUUCCAAUGCCCUGCGCUUCGCAGAAAGUUUGUAUCAAGAUAUGUCGCUGCACCAAUCGAGGUCUUACUAAUUGUCAGCCUCUGCCCAGUGUUGCGUUGGACAACUGUCGGUUGCAUGAUAAAAUUGUUAAACAUGGCGAGCGCUACUACAUGGAGUGCAACCCGUGCCGCUGCAUGUCGGGCGAGCGCGUGUGCGGGCGGCGCGCGUGCGGCCGCGCCGCGCUCAUGACGGGGCUGCCGUGCAACUGCCCGCCGCACCACCUGCCCGUGCACACGCCCGCCCGCCUCUACCCCAACGCGUGCUUGGCCAAAUGCGCCGGCGCAACGGACGGCGAGAUCGAGUUCGGCAGCCGCGCGGCGUGCCCGAGCGCGGCGUGCCCGCGCCGCCACGUGUGCCUGCCCGCGCGCUCCGUCUGCCUCUCGCGCCUGCAGCUCGACUGCCCGCAGCAUGCUUGCGUGAACAUAUCAAACUGCAAUGCCCAACCGACCAAUCCGGUGUGUGAUACAGACGGACAGACACAUUCGAAUCCAUGCCAUCUUGUCAUGAGUGGAAGAAAAUUGGCUUAUUGGGGAUAUUGCUUGCAGGGAUGUUCUUCUACUGGCACCGUUUGUGGGGUCAAUGGCGUAUCUUAUUCGUCUGAAUGUGCUUCUUGGGCUGAAUAUGUUAGUGUCGAUUAUUACGGCCCGUGCUUUGCAGUUGGUCCCAUUUCUGAUGUCAUGGAACCGAAAUGCCAAUUAGAUCGAAUUCUGUGUCCUCCAUUGAAAAAACCUAACUGUCUAGGUUUCACCGCUCCCGGGGCGUGUUGUCCGAAAUGUGGUGGAGCUCUGAGAAUUUUGUAUUCGAAAAAACAAAUCGACAGAGCUCUUUACGGAACAAAUAUAUCUGCAUCCGUUAUUAAUCUCAAAAAUGUGCUAUCCGCUUUAGAAAGACAUGUGAAAGUUGCAGAGUGUGCGCUCAGAGGGUACUUGACUAUAGAAAUGGAGAUUUUCGUUACGAUCGAAUCUAUUUUGAAGAAUCCUACAGAUUUACAGUUAAAAGUAUGCAUAUUGGAAGCUGAGAAAAUAGCUGAUCUCAUUAAUAGGGAUAGUGCGUUAAUAACAAGUGAUUUAGGACUGAGUGCGUUAUCAUACGCUUUAAUUGUCCACACUUAUCCUACUCAAGCAGGUGGUGGUCUAGGCAUAUCUGUUAUUACGUUAAUCAUUUCUUUUAUAAGUGUUUAUGUAUUAAGAUAAAUUUAUGAUAUAAGGUUAUUGUAAAUAAUAUAAGUGUAAAUAAAACAUGUAAAUAGCGAUCUAUUUCAUAGGAAAUUUGUACCCUUAUAUCGAUAAUGAGAUUAAUGCUUUGGUCUGCUUUAUGUGAGUCAAAGACGCAAUUGAUGUUAUAACUUGUUUAAGAGUUUAAAGUACAGUUUUUUAACAGCAAAGAAGUGCCAUGUUUGUAUUUACGUUUAAAAUAUCUCAGUAGAUCCGUAUUAUGUAUAGACUGAAUUAAGCAUUUGUAACCAAUUUACAAAAGACAAAGUAGUCCUUAUACCAAAUAUGUUAUUGUAUUGUUAUUUUGUUGAGACGAAUGUUUAUAUUGUGUAUUGUAAGAGAUAUUUAUAUUUAAAGGUGAUAAAAUAAAAGUCAGUACACAUAA